AUGGCAAGGACAAAAUAAACCGCUAGAAAAUAAACUGGUGCAAAGGCUCCAAGAAAGGCCCUUGCAAAUAAAGCUGCAAGAAAGACUGCUCCUGCUGAUGGUGGAGUUAAGAAACCUCACAGAUUCAGACCAGGCACUGUGGCACUCAGAGAAAUCAGAAAAUAUCAGAAGUCAACUGAAUUGCUUAUCAGAAAGUUGCCAUUCUAGAGACUUGUGAGAGAAAUUGCUUCAGAUUACAAAAGUGACUUGAGAUUCUAAUCCUCAGCUGUAGCUGCCAUUUAGGAAGCAGCCGAAGCAUACAUGGUCGGGCUAUUUGAAGAUACUAACUUGUGUGCCAUUCAUGCUGGAAGAGUCACAAUCAUGCCUAAGGACAUUCAACUUGCUAGAAGAAUCAGAGGGGAGAGAUCAUGA